AGAUCUCGGACCGCUGACUUCCGGCCUCGGAAGGAGGCUGGUUAGGGAGUGUUAGGAGUCAGGAUCGCACCCCAGACGAGGCGGGGGAGGGAGUAUCAGGCUCCCGGUCCCCACCGAGUCUCCAGGCUGUGGCCUGCCGCUCUCCAGUGGCCGGAAGUAACUUUAAUUUUUCGGAGAAUCCCAGACUUGUGCCUGGGAAGGGACGUCUUCUAACCCAACGUCCUCGUUUUACAGGUAAAGCUGGACUUGUAGCUGAAAUUUCUUUUCCCUGAUGAAUUCUGAAGAAUUUUAUGAUUUGAAUUGGUUCUACCAUGGCUUUACUUCACAAGCUGCUAAAUGGCACUAGUUUUCCUAAGUUAUGCAGAAUGCAAGAUGUUGCACGAUGCUUUUUGUUGGGGCCUGUAUUUGCUGGCUAUCCCUCCAGACUGUAUGGUAGUAUUAAAAAAACAGAGGCUGCUUCAGGCAGAUCUUCCCCUGAGGUAAAUACUCAAGGUGGAUUGGAAAAACAGACUAAGGGUGAGGUUGGUUUAGAUCUAAUUUCACCUAAGGAAAAGAUUGAAAUUAUUUUCGACAAAGCAAUUAGGACUGAGAUAAAAGAUCACUUUAAGCUUUUAGCAAAGGAGUUGGUAGACCGUUGGAGAGGACCCGAAGGUUGCCCUUUGCAUGAAGUUUUACUGGAAAAUACUAGAGUGAUGUGGCAAUUUCGCAGUGAUGAAGAUUUGGAUAAGUGGCUAGUGACGUCUGACCGGACAAUAGGAGGCAGGAGCAAAGCCUUCCUGAAAAUGGCCAGCAAUAACCAAAGUGCACUCUUCCAUGGGAUUCUCAAUACUGAACUUCCUCAUGAUGGGGAGACCCAACGGAGCGGAUACUGUGCAAUGACAUCCAGGAUUCCAAGGGGUGCUUUUGAGAGGAAGAAGUAUUAUGAUUGGUCCAAUUUUAAUACUCUCUAUCUCCGUGUGCGUGGGGAUGGUCGGCCCUGGAUGGUGAAUAUCAAAACAGACACUGACCUGGUCCAAAAAAGUCAACAUUUGCAUAGUUACUUCAUGUUCACGCGUGGGGGGCCAUAUUGGCAGGAGGUGAAGAUUCCAUUCUCCAAGUUUUUUUUCUCCAGUAAGGGGAGGAUCCAGGAUAACCAGCAGCAGCUUCUGACAGACCAGAUCAGUAGUAUUGGAUUCACCUUGGCUGAUAAAGUUAAUGGUCCUUUCUACCUGGAAUUAGAUUUUAUUGGAGUGUUUCAUGACCCAACUCAUACUGAAGAAUUUGCCUAUGAAAAUAGUAAAAAGAUUUGUGGGAAUCUUUAGCCAGCACAGUGGAUCAUCAUUUAUUCAUAAUUAAGUAAUUGAUAUCAUCCUGUUACUUGAAAGUGAUGAAAUAAAGUUUUUAUUGCUAGUGUUUUA